AUGGCUGCUGCAGCGGCCCUCUUCGAGUCUGCCCUAAUGUCUGCCUCCAAGAACGGAACGACACUAACAUUCACAAUGACUGCAUACGCUGUCAUGGAAAACUACAAACAUGGGCUGUUAAGUGUGUUCCUCCUGCUGUAUAUUAGUACUAUAGCUUUGAAUGCCCUGCUAAUUACUAUCAUACACCAAAACAUAGAGUUGCAUCAACCUAUGAAUAUGCUCAUAUCCGAGACGCAUAAAAUGCCUGUGAAGUGGUGAAUGGCUCAAGUCUAUUUCCUACACACAUAUGCAAGUGCUGAGUUUUGUGAGUUAGCUGUCAUGGGAUACGACAGAUAUGUUGCCAUAUGUUGCCCACUACAUUACCACAGCAUCAUGUCUAAUUCAAAGACAGGGAAGCUUGUUGCAUUGCAUCCCUGCAUGAACAUGGAACUGGUCAAAAAUUCAUGUACAAAUGCAGCAUACAUAAGUAUUGUGGGACUUGUACAUAUUCUGUUUCUUGUUGUGCCUCAGGUAGUAUUGAUUGUUUCCUCGUAUGCAUAAAUAUCAAAUGACACGAGCUUCCUGUCUUUAUACUUUGUCAUCAUUCCAUCAAUUGUCAACCCAGUGUUGUAUGGACUCGGUACACAAAUAAUAAGAGUUCAUAUCCUGAAACUGUUUGUUAGAUACAAAAUCCUGCCAAGACAUUUGGUAAAGGCAGUGAUUGCAGCUUAA